UGUUUUUUGGCCCUGAAUCCUCCGAGGCAGGCGCUCCGGGGCCAAAGUUCCCGCCCGGCGUCCACCUCCACGGGUUCGGAAUCCCCGCGCCCCGAGGCAGCGUAGGGCUCGGAGAUGUCCCCGCUGCUCAGAUGGGGACACUGAGGCACGGGGCUUGCCCGGGACUUCCCAGAAGGACGAGACUGCGGGUGUCUUCUUGAGGCCUCCGGACUUGCACCCCUUCUGGAAGGGGCGUGGAGGGCUGGGUUGCAGAGGGUGUCGCCUCCUGUCGCCCCGACCUCGCCAUGCGGACCCCGCGAGCGCCCCCUCCCCUCCCGGCCCUACUGCUGCUCCUGCUGCUCCUGGGAGGCGCCCAAGGCCUCUUUCCCGAUGAACCACCACCACUCAGCGUGGCCCCCAGGGACUACCUGAACCUCUAUCCCGUAUUCGUGGGCGGCGGGCCAGGGCGCCUGACCCCCGCAGAGGGCGCUGACGACCUCAACAUCCAGCGAGUUCUGCGGGUCAACAGGACACUGUUCAUCGGGGACAGGGACAACCUGUACCGGGUGGAGCUGGAGCCCCCCACGUCCAUGGAGCUGCGGUACCAGCGGAAACUGACCUGGCGCUCCAACCCCAGCGACAUCAACGUGUGUCGGAUGAAGGGCAAGCAGGAGGGCGAGUGUCGAAAUUUUGUAAAGGUGCUUCUACUUCGGGACGAAUCCACCCUCUUCGUGUGCGGUUCCAAUGCCUUCAACCCUGUGUGUGCCAACUACAGCGUGGACACACUGCGGCCCCUCGGGGACAACAUCAGCGGCAUGGCCCGCUGCCCAUACGACCCCAAACAUGCCAACGUCGCCCUCUUCUCUGAAGGGAUGCUCUUCACAGCCACCGUUACCGACUUCCUAGCCAUCGACGCUGUCAUCUACCGCAGCCUUGGGGACCGGCCCACUCUGCGCACCGUGAAACACGACUCCAAGUGGUUCAAAGAGCCCUACUUUGUCCACGCGGUGGAGUGGGGCAGCCACAUCUACUUCUUCUUCCGGGAGAUCGCGAUGGAGUUUAACUACCUGGAGAAGGUGGUGGUGUCCCGUGUGGCCCGGGUGUGCAAGAAUGACGUGGGCGGCUCCCCUCGCGUGCUGGAGAAGCAGUGGACGUCGUUCCUGAAGGCGCGGCUCAACUGCUCGGUGCCGGGGGACUCCCACUUCUACUUCAACGUGCUGCGGGCCGUCACGGGCGUGGUCAGCCUGGGGGGCCGGCCCGUGGUCCUUGCUGUUUUCUCCACGCCCAGCAACAGCAUCCCCGGCUCGGCCGUUUGCGCUUUUGACAUGACACAGGUGGCUGCUGUGUUUGAGGGCCGCUUCCGUGAGCAGAAGUCCCCCGAGUCCAUCUGGACACCCGUGCCGGAGGAUCAGGUGCCACGGCCCCGGCCCGGGUGCUGUGCAGCUCCUGGUAUGCAGUACAACGCCUCCAGCGCCUUCCCGGACGAGAUCCUCAACUUUGUCAAAACACACCCCCUGAUGGACGAGGCGGUGCCCUCACUGGGCCACGCACCCUGGAUUGUUCGGACUCUGAUGCGGCACCAGCUGACGCGCGUGGCCGUGGACGUGGGCGCUGGCCCCUGGGGCAACCAGACUGUCGUCUUCCUGGGUUCUGAGGCCGGCACCGUCCUCAAGUUCCUUGUCUGGCCCAAUGCCAGUGCUUCGGGCACCUCCGGGCCCAGUGUCUUCCUAGAGGAGUUCGAGACCUACCGACCGGACAGGUGUGGACAGUCAGGGGGCAGCGACACAGGGCAGCGGCUGCUCAGCUUAGAGUUGGAUGUGGCCUCUGGUGGCCUGCUGGCGGCCUUCCCCCGUUGCGUGGUCCGAGUGCCCGUGGCACGCUGCCAGCAAUACUCAGGAUGCAUGAAGAACUGUAUUGGCAGCCAGGACCCCUACUGCGGGUGGGCCCCGGAUGGUUCCUGCAUCUUCCUCAGCCCAGGCACCAGAGCCACCUUUGAGCAGGACGUGUCCGGGGCCAGCACCUCAGGCUUAGGGGACUGCACAGGACUCCUGCGGGCCAGCCUCUCGGAGGAGCGCGCGGGGCUGGUGUCGGUGAACCUGCUGGUGACGUCGUCGGUGGCGGCCUUCGUGGUGGGCGCCGUGGUGUCGGGCUUCAGCGUGGGCUGGUACGUGGGGCUCCGCGAGCGGCGCGAGCUGGCCCGCCGCAAGGACAAGGAGGCCAUCCUGGCGCACGGGGGCGGCGAGGCCGUGCUGAGCGUGAGCCGCCUGGGCGAGCGCCGGGCGGGCGGCCCCGGGGGCCGGGCCGGGGGCGGCGGCGGCGGCCCGGGGGGGCCCCCCGAGGCCCUCCUGGCGCCCCUGAUGCAGAACGGGUGGGCCAAGGCCACGCUGCUGCAGGGCGGCCCCCACGACCUGGACUCGGGGCUGCUGCCCACGCCCGAGCAGACGCCGCUGCCCCAGAAGCGCCUGCCCACCCCGCACCCGCACCCCCACGCGCUGGGAGCACCCCGCGCCUGGGAGCACGGCCCCGCGCUGCUCACGGCCUCCGCCUCGUCGUCCCUCCUGCUGCUGGCGCCCGCCCGCGCCCCCGAGCCGCCCCCCGCGCCCGGCGAGCCGGCCCCCGACGCGCGCCUCUUCGCGCGCCCCGGCCGCGCCUCCCACGGCGACUUCCCGCUCACCCCGCACGCCAGCCCGGAUCGCCGGCGGGUGGUGUCGGCGCCCACGGGGCCCUCGGACCCGAGCUGCGCCGUCGCCGCCGCCGACGGCCUCCCCCGGCCCUGGAGCCCGCCGCCCACGGGCAGCCUCCGGAGACUCGGCGCGCACGCCCCGCCGGCCGCCGCGCUGCGCCGCACGCACACCAUCAACAGCGGCGAGGCCCGGCCGCGCGGCCGCCACGCCCGGCCCGCCACGGACUUGGCCCACCUCCUCUCGUACGGGGGCCCCGACAGGACUGCGCCCCCCGUGCCCUAGGCCGGGCCGCCCCCCGCCCCGACUCGGCGGUGCCAGCCAUGGGAACCGGGAGCGAGAGACCGGGCCAGCUCCGAGUGGGUGCUCAGACCCCCGCCCCAGCC